CGUACGUCUGCUUCUCACCUUUUUGGGGAGUCGACCUAAAAAUGUCGGCAUCAACGUCACUCCGCUGUCUGCAUAGCAGGCGCAUUGUCUUACCCUUACAGAUACUCCAAGAGCAAAAUGGGCAAACUGAAAAGGUUCGACAUUGUUUUCAACAGCGCGCAGGGAGUGUUUUUCGCUGGGCAGGUGGUAUGUGGUACCGUAGAAGUGGAGCUGAGCGAGGCCAUGAAACUGCGAGAGCUACGUAUGACUUGCUUUGGGAGAGCAUAUGUUCAUUGGUCGGAGGUUGAGAAUGUGGGACAUAGGGGUGGCCGUCAGCGAAUUGAAACAGUGGAAUACAGUGCUGAUGAAGAAUACUUCCAGUACAAGUUUAUACUGUGGACCUUAGAGUCAAAGUCUGAAGAGAGUGAAUGCAUGUCUGCUGGCGUUCAUUCCUUCCCUUUUUCCAUGGAACUGCCAUUGAACCUGCCUCCUUCCUUUGAAGGUGAUUAUGGAUAUAUUCGCUACUGGGCAAAAGCUACUAUGGAUAGACCAUGGAAGUUUGACCACCAUACAAAGCGUGCAUUCACAGUCAUUUCAAAUCUUGAUCUUAACGAAGAGCCUGGAAUAGCGGAUUCACUUCAGUACCAUGGGGAGAUAAGUGCUGGCUGCUGUUGCAUGCCCUCAGGACGCUUCAGUGGCCGAUUCUGUACCAACUAUCGUGGAUUUGUUCCUGGUGCAGACUUGAUGCUAUAUUCAGAGAUAGAAAACUUCACACGCUCAUCUUGUUGGUGCGAGUUCAAGCUAAAGUUGCUAGUAACUUAUGUAGCUGGGAGAAAAUACAAGCAAGAGAAGAAAGUCAUCAAGCGCAUUCAACAAGAUGAGAUCCAGCGUGGUCAUAGCUGUUCAUGGACUGAAGCUAUGCAGAUACCACCUCUUCCUCCUUCCCAUCUUAAAGGAUGCAAACUUAUCACCACACAGUACUUUCUUCAGUUUGUUGUCAGUUCUGAUGCCAGCUGCUCUUGUGAUGACAUAGAGUUUGAAGAUGAAGUUAUUAUUGGCACCAUCCCUCUUGCCCCAGCGCUGCCUCCACCAAGCCCAUGCUUGACUAAAUCACCUCUAGACCCUGACUCUGCAGCAGCAUCGAAGAGCAAGAAACACAAAGGUAAAUCAGAUCAAGCAGCUCUCUCAAUUUUGGACAAAAAACAGGAAAUGAGAAGCCGUAUUAUUGGACCUCCUACAUAUGAGGAGUCCGUGUUUGGAGAAGUCAGCAUUCGAGAAAAGGAUGAUUCUGAAGACACAUCAGGAAGCCUUACGUUUACGCCCCGGUACUCUUUUUACCAUUCCAAAACAUCAGGAUGAAAUUUGGCAGCUAACAUGUUUGAUUUGGAAAUACACACUAGCAACCCUGGUCAGCCACAUUGGCUGCUAACAUUCAGUGAGCCAGAGCUAUCCUCUGCCAAAGUUAUAUUGGCCUUCAUAUUUUCCAGAGGAGGUAUCAAUGUUUCAGAACUUCAAAAAGUGCCGCUUCAUUUUGGAUUCAUUGUAACUUAGAAUUUCUUCCUCUUAGCAUCCUUUACUUAUAAUUAUGUGUUUCUUAUUUUUUCCUUCUUGUUAUCUAUUCCAAUUUUUUUCUUGUUUGUUUUUAGUCAAAAUGUAUAGUAAACCUUACCAUAAAUUACUAAGAGUCCUAAUAGCCUCCAAAAGAAUCCUUUUGCGCAUAAAUGAUCAUACAUAUCCAGAUCUUGCUGUUAGACCCACUUGCAGGUAAUUACUGAUUCCAAAUGGAUGUUCAAUAUAAAAUCCUCUCUACUAGUUGAAAUGAUAUCAUGGUUUUCAGUGACGAAUGACUGUAACGUCUGGCACACAAUAAGAUGAGUACUUUCUCCUUUUGUUAACAGAAAAUACUAUUUUAGUUGAAAGUAUCGUAAUAUUCUGUUUAGGUAUGUACUCUAGGUAGCAGAAAAAUAUUGCAAUGUUCACAGCAAGACUAAAAUUUCAAUAAAACUUUUAAAUCUUUGUAAACACAUUUCUGUGUGACACCUUAAAGCCAUACCUUGAAUCCAUGGAUUCAAAGACGCUAAUAUGUUAGUUCUGUCUCUCUCCACUACCCCAGUUUCUUUCUAUUUAAAAAACAAUGUCAAAUUUUACUGUUCCUUUCAGCAUUGCAGGCAGGGCGGUCCGGUGGUGCAAAGGUUAGCACCAGUCACCAAUACAGUGACGUUUGGCUGUCCUGGGUUCAGCUCUCGUCUCAGGCAUGCUAUUUCUUUCUCUGCACGUGGUGUCUGUUCACGAUGCUGGCUGCCUUGACGUGAUAUAGCUUUAGUUAUUGGCUUGGCAUAAAACAACAAUCGUAUCAGCAUAGCAGGCACAUUCAAAGCAUGCUCUUGGACAAAGAUCUCUAAAUUAUCAGUCACGCUCCAAGGCUGCCCGUUUCAAGGUGCAUGACCCUGCAGCAUUUCUGAUCCUUAACCAACCGUGUGGUAAUGUUACCUCUGUUUUAUAACUAUGGCCCCUGGUUCCAUGGAUGUCAUUAAUUAGGAUGGUUGUUGAAUCCAUUGUCAAGUGUUUUCCUUUUAUUAAAGAGACAGUCUCUAUGGUACUAGCUCAACAAAACCCAUAUGCUGCUAUGAGGUGUAAUGCUCACUGAACAGGUGUGAUUUUAGUGCAUGUUUAAAGGAUUCGAUGGUGAGUAGGUGGCGGAUGUGGAAGGAAAGAGUUCCACUGUUUUAAUUUCCUUAAACAAUGUUUGCAGUGCAGCGAUGUUUCUUUAAUUUAAAAUGGUGUCCUGUGGUGAUUCUAAUUGAACACAUGGUUUUCCGGACUUACCAUGGAGAACCCUCUUGGUUAGUCUAUUUCCUUUCUAAAACAGGCUUCGCCGUUUGCAUUUUUACAUGGAUGCAGGGGGUCUAGUGUCGUAAACAGUAGCCUCAUCAACAACCUAUGUACCCAUCUUAUAUCUGUACAGAUCCUAACGAUUGACGGUAUUUUAGUGACAGUUUUUCGUGCAGAAAGCAUACAGUCAUGAUAAGAAAGCUGUUGUAGUUUAGACUGCAACAGCGGAGUUGAUCCACAAACAUGAUUGACCAACAAGCACGUGGGUCGUGUAAAGGACGCCAUGUCCGCAAACUGCAGAUGGCACUUCUGGUCACAGUCGACAGAUGCUUGUGACACUCGUACAGACUAAUGCUAAAAUGUUAGUGCUUCGGAACAGCGGUAGAAGUUAUGACUGUACCUCACAGAACCCAAAUUUUGAUGAUAAUUUUGCUUUUUUUCUGAGUGUCCGAAGUUUGUUGUUUUUACAUUUGUGAUUUUAAGGUUUGUGCAGCUCAAUGCCGUUCAUUUUAUAUUGUUUGAAACAAAGCAUCAACUAUGAACGGUACUUACGUAUUUUUUACCCCAGUUCCGUCUUUAUAAUCUGUUGUGUAUCACCUGCUAUUUUUUAUUUGAUACAUUCUUGCGUUUUGGUGAGAUUUGCCAUAUUAAUUUCGUGAGAGAUUAGCUUUUAUUGGGGGAUGAGAGGAAGAGAAUAAAAGCUGAAUUGACAGGGUUGUCCAUGGGACAUAUUUUUCUAUCCCAUCCCAUCCCGUCCCAUCCCAUGGUAUUAACAAUCCUAUGGACAACACUGAAAACCACUUUUCGGCUUUUGUUCUAUAAUUCCUGCUACU